AUGCCGAGCACAGGCUGUCGCCCGCGCACACCCACCGACACGGGCCUGGAAGGCGCGAAGGGCCUGCCGCCGCGACCGAGCCCCUACGUUCGACAAAACUCUACUCCCUCCACCGCUCAAUCUCAACCUCCCACCAGCAACAGAAGAACAUGGGACCACUUGCGAGUCACCAGACCCCCACCGAACAAUCGACGGACAUCUGAUCCCCUCGCUACCUCCUCGACCUUCGCCCAACCCCUUGUUCCCCGACCGUCUCUCUCUGUGACAUCGACGCAGGUACCGACCAAGCUUCCUCCGCCUAGCCCGAACUAUGUCCCGCGCCAGAAGCCGCAACCCGUCCAGCCUGUAAAGAUGGCUACGAUGGUCGACUGCUUCAGCCAGACUGAAGAAACGAUCCGCGUUGAUCGAGGUAUCCAGUCCUCCAAGCCUGACACGAUGUCCGCAAGUGUGCACGCCGACCUCAUCGCGGCGACGAACGUACUCCGCGGAACCAAGUUCACGGUCAUGGCGGGUACCUUCAACGUACCUGACUUGCAGCUGGUUUCUACAUACUUGCGAAUGAAGGUGGUCGGGAGCGAGGACGGCCCAGAUCCGCGGACAGACUAUGUUCUGGUGCCCACAGUUGCGCAGACUAACCCCGACCGCUCGGCUGCCGUCAUCGAGCUUCUGGCGCAGGAGAACAGCAAGUGGCAUCGUUACCCGGCAGUGACCUACGAGUGGAUCCUGGAGGGCGUGCGAGUCGGAUCUCUGCAGAACACGAACUCGGACGACCCUGACCGACAUAGAAUCGAGGCGAUCCUGGAGGAACUGGUGGCGCUGGAGGAACUGCAUCUCUCAACUAGAGAUGAGGUGAGCUGCGUCCGCCUUCGUCAAGCUAACAAGCAGUUGAUGAACGAUGAAGCUGAACGCCGACUCCUCGUCUGCCAGUCGAUGAUGGUCCGACUCUUCCGCGUCAUGCUGCCCAACACCCCCAUGUGGCGGGCCAUGGGAGCUGGGGUAGCACCAGACGUCGGCGUCAUGACGAACGAGGAGCUGGUGCAGUCUGUCGAACUGGCAUCGCACUGGAAGGAUCCGGCGCCGCCGACGUGUGCCCCACCAGAGCGAGAGGAGUGGAACGACAACGCGCUCGACAUCUUCCUUGGACAGGAGAGCGAGGAGUCCUGGGACACCGACACGAACGCCGUCGACAACAACAUCGCCGGCUCCAGCAGCAGUCGACGCGAAGCGUCCAGGAUGCAGAUCGACAGCGACGGGUCGGAGUUUCGAACCGUUCGCUUCCACACGCCAACGCCGCCACCCUUUUCUCUUUCAAAUGGCCAAGGCUCGGCCCAGAAGCCAAUCGUCAUUGACGACUCGGACGACGAGUAA